GACGAGCCGGGCCGGCUCGUGACUCGACUCGAGCGGGGUCUCGGCUCGUCGGCUGUCGCGCCGGUUGGAAACUAGACGAAUGUCGUUAGCUGAUCUGAUAUGCACAUAAGCAAACUUACCUAGGACUAAUUUCUAGCAGUCUCCCUUGCGACGCCCCCUCGCCUAUGACACCAAAACCAAUGCGCGAUCGGGUAAAAUGCCAUUUUUACGCAAAUUUGCGCAGUCCGACGUGAAGCUUCCCUAAAUCGCCCACACGCGAAAUCGCUCGAUCACUUCUGCGGCUUCCCCGAAGCGGCACGCCGCACAAGCCCAUCGCAUAGCCGUGAAGCAACGUCAAGGGUUUCCCUCAUCCCCACUACGGGGACCAUUAAGAGCCUUCGCCUGAAUGGUUUAGCGAUAGGCGAAGGUUUAGCGCCACGGUUUAGUGCCGCCGAUCGACUUCGCUUUACCCAUUAGGGCUUCGCCGCUACGCCCAUCGCCGCCUCAGGGUUGCCCCGCCGCCGCCUCCCCGCAUCCCACAUCGCGGUACGGUCGUUAGGGUCGUUAGGGUCGUUAGGGUCGUUAGGGUCGUUAGGGUCGUUAGGGUCGUUAGGGUCGUUAGGGUCGUUAGGGUCGGUCGUUAGGGUCGUUAGGGUCGUUAGGGUCGUUAGGGUCGUUAGGGUCGUUAGGGUCGUUAGGGUCGUUAGGGUCGUUAGGGUCGUCCGUUUCACCGGCUGAACGUCACGAAGACUCCUCUGAGCGUCAUGGCUCCCAAGCGAGGGGGAGGGGGUGCUGCGACGAAAGGGCGCGGACGGGGCCGCCGCGGGCGUGGCGGUCGGCAGAACGAGGCAACGGAGGGGCGGGGGCCACUGGCGCGCAGCACUGCCGCCCCUGGAGAGGCAGAGGGCGCGGUGGACGCGGUGGACUGCGCUCACGCAUUCCCCAGUGCCGCUGCUGGGGGGGCAGAGCGCGCGGUUGAGGCGAUGGACUCCGCUGAAACAAUCCCCCGUGCUGCUGCUGCCGCCACUGGGGGGGCGGGCCGCAGCGCUGCUGCCACUGGGGUGGCACAGGGCGCGGUUGAGGCGAUGGACUCGGCUAAGGCAUUCCCCAGUGCCGCCGCUGCUGCCACUGCGGGGCCGGAUUCCACGGGUGGGGCAUCCCCCGGCAUGCCGCUCCAGCACGAACCGGACGUCCCUGCUUGCCGCUCCAGCGUGGGCUCUCCUCUGCUCGGCUUUAGUGGCACGCACGGCAGCAGUGGACGGUGUAGGGCGGAGAUGGGGGGGAAGGAUGCGAGUGAGGCGGGGGACUGGGAGGAGUAUGAGGAGGGAGACGCGGAGGAGUAUGAGGAGGGGGGCGCGGAGGAGUGUGAGGAGGGGGGCGACAGUUUAGGUUCAGAGGAUGGGAGCGAGGAGGAGUACGAGAUGGGGCAAGAGGAAGACGAGGACGAGGAGGAGGGCGAUGAGGAGGCGGAUGGGUGGGAAAGUGGGGAGGGCGGGCGGGGCAAGAGGCGCAGGCGGGGGGAAGCGGGUGCUGCUGGCCCCAGUCGCCCAGCAGGACAGCCCUCGAGGCUGACCCCCCGGCCACCCGGGCAGCCUUCUAGGAGUCAGCCCACAGGGCCAGCUGCCAGCCUGGUCUCUAGGAGUGAGCCCAGAGGGCCGGCUGCCAGGCUGGCCUCUGGGAGGGUCGGCACCACCGACACCUCGUCGGAGCGUGGGCACGAGGGUGGGCCACACGGCCUGGCGGAGUGGGAGGAGGGCUUGCGGCACUCCCUGGCAGCGUUUGUCGCCGAUGCCCAGCUGCCCACCAGCUUUGUGGACCGCCCCGCGUUCCACCGCCUGAUGGUCUUAUUGAACCCCGAGUGCACCCGCCCUGGCGUGAUGCCAUCGCGGUCGGCCAUAGCGCAGGACAUCAUGAGAAUGGGCGGGCGGGCACGACGGCGCGUGGUGCAGGAGAUGCUGACGGACGACUGGGAUGGGUCGCCUCCAUUUAGCUUUCAAUGAUCCGACGCAUCCCCCAGCCCAAGACCUCAUGCCCAAGACCUCAUGCCCAAGACCUCAUGCCCAAGACCUCAUGCCCAAGACCUCAUGCCCAAGACCUCAUGCCCGGGACCUCAUGCCCGGGACCUCAUGCUGGGGACCUCAUGCCUGGGACCUCAUGCCCGGGACCUCAUGCCAGGGACCUCAUGCCCAAGACCUCAUGCCCAAGACCUCAUGCCUGGGACCUCAUGCCCGAGACAUUAUGUCCGGGACCUCAUGCCCGAGACAUCAUGCCCGAGACAUCAAGCAAGGGGCUGACUCGCCAAAGCCAGUGGCCACUGUCUCGUCGGAGACGCGGUGAAUUUGCCGCGACGAUGCCGGCUGUCUCUGCAGCCAGUGCGCAGGUGCUCUAGGCUUACAUUUUCUUCGCUGCCGUGUGCAUUGCAUUCAUAUCGUGCAAUGUGUGGGCUAGAUAUUUGCUGCCCGUCUUCUAAGUCGACAUUGUAUAUGUGACUGUGACCACCUCAUGCUCUUUGCCUGUGACCCAUGCCCCAUGCCCCAUGCCCCAUGGUCCAUGGUCCAUUCUCCAAGCCCCAUGCCCCAUGCCCCAUGCCCCAUGACUCAUGCCCCAUGCCCCAUGCCCCAUGGUCCAUGGUCCAUUCUCCAAGCCCCAUGCCCCAUGACUCAUGCCCCAUGAUCCAUGCCUCAUGCCCCAUGCCCCAUACCCCAUGCCCCAUCCAUGCUCCAUGGUCCAUGCCCCGUUCUCCAUGCCCCAUGCCCCAUGCCCCAUGCCCCAUGCCUCAUGCCCCAUGCCUCAUGCCUCAUGCCCCAUGCACCAUGCCUCAUGCCCCAUGUUCCAUGCCCCAUGCUCCACAUCCCAUGGCCUGUGCCCUAUACUCCAGCCAUACCUGGCCCAAUGUGCUAGUAAGGGAUAGCGGUGUGAUUAUAGUGAUGCGCGGAUAUAGAUAGGUAGUAUUGCAAGUGGCUGUAUUGGAAGGGUGCUGCCUAAACAAAUCCCUAAUGAAAGAAUCAGCGAGUU